AUGAAGCUACUCAAUUUAAAGCUAUUCUUGUCAGCUCAAGUGGUGGAUCACUACGAGAACCCGCGCAACGUCGGCUCCCUCGACCGCAACGCCAAGAACGUGGGCACCGGCCUGGUGGGUGCUCCGGCCUGCGGCGACGUCAUGAAGCUGCAGGUGGAAGUGGACGAGAACGGGAAGAUCGUCGACGCCCGUUUCAAAACCUUUGGCUGCGGGUCAGCGAUCGCGUCGAGUUCGCUGGCGACGGAGUGGGUCAAAGGGAAAACGGUUGACGAAGCGUUGAAAAUCAAGAACACGGAUAUCGCUAAAGAACUCUGCCUUCCUCCAGUCAAACUGCACUGCUCUAUGUUGGCUGAAGACGCAAUCAAGGCUGCCUUGGCUGAUUACAAGUUAAAGCAGGAUCCAAACAAAGAAGAGUCAGAGAAGAAAGCAAACAAUGCCUAAACGGACUGUAACGCUUGUUCUCAUUCCACUUAAAUUUGCAGUGCAAUUAUUCUAGCUAUUAGUAGGAUCCUGUGCACUACUAAACGAAGCUGUAAGAUACGCACAACUUAC